AUGCCUCCUCCUCCUCCUCACCCAGCUGUUGGCAAUGCCAAGAGAUCCCCGUGGCAGCGAUCAUACAGCACACCUGUACCCAACAGGCUCGAGAGGACCCCUUCAACCAUUUCCGAGGCGACGAGGAAAAAGCUCGAAAAGCUCAAGUUCCGCCACAAAUCCGACUCGCCUGCUGCUGCCGCCGCCGCCGCUCCUACGCCUCACGACUCUGACAAGGAAAACUCCAAACCUAAUACUAAUCAUGCUAGACCCUGCGAGAAUGAAACGAACGUGACGGGGAAGCCGACCUCAACUCCUGUCAACACGACCGAAGACGCGGCGAAGCCACCCCAAUCGCGUGAGCCAGCCCCCGACGACGAUUUGCACAGGUCCCCGGAUGAUAAAGUCAUGUGGGCCGCAGCAUUGCAAGACGACCGCGAGCUGUAUAUGCCGCUAGGCGGCGUCGUCCGUCGCAGAAAAGGCAGGAAGAGGGCGAGGAGCUCGUCGCCGACUUCAUCACCCAUAACUAAGGUGAACUCGCCGGCGGUGAAUAUCAAGAAGCUCGCCCAGGCUCUCAGGUCUCCUCAUCCCGACCCUACUCUGGAAUUGUGGGACCGCUAUACUUUCAAGGGCGGUAUACGCGACGGUUCUCCUCAAGAAAGGGGUGGUGGCGAUCUCGCCGAUUUUCUCGUGGCAUCCUCGCCGAGGCCCCCUGCGGAAGGUGUGGGCAUGACGCCGCAAAGGGAGUCUGCGCUACGCCGAGCUGUCGCGUCCAGCCGCCUGCACUUUAACAAAAGGCGGAAGGUUGAGGCGGAUGGCUCACCUACGUACAUGACUGGCGGCGGCGGCGGUCCUUCUAAAUACUCGUUGGUUACCUCGCUUCUUGACUCCGUUACCUCUAGUAUGCAAGAGGCGCCCCAGAACCAGGACCAAAGCCCUCUUCACCUGAGAGAGGGCCAAGCGAACCCGACCCGCCAUGAUAGCCCCUCCCCUCAACCGAAACAGCUGAGUGCCUCCGCCGGCGGUCAUACCCAGCUACCGACCGCGGAUAACGAUUACGAUGACGACGACUUCGACGACGACAUGCUCAUGGAGAUCGAUGCUAGUAUAGAAUCGGCAGGGAUUUCCGCUUCCCAUACCACCCCCAAACAAGCAGCUCGCGCACCCAGCAGGUCUCCCCGCAAGUCCCCGAGAAAGCAAACCAACCCACCCAAGACACCCGCGGCCGCGAAUAUUCUCGACGACCAGGAAGACGGCAAUGAUGAUGACGAUGAUUAUGGCCUUGACGACAUUGAUGAUGACGUGUUUGUUUUGGCUGAGCAGGCUGUAGUCAAGGAACCCGUCCCAGUGGUGGAGGUGGACCUUGUGAGCCAGUGGGGCCACGCGCCAGCGCCAGAAAAGAGCGUGGUGGUUGAAGAAGACCUGUUAGACGACGAUCUAGGCGACGAUGACGACUGGAAUGCAGUGGAACUAGCUGCUACACAGGCAGCGGCUAGCCAGGCUGUAUUCCAGGACAUUCCGAAGCUAUCGAACGCCGUCGGGUCGAUUCCUCGUGCCCAAAAGUCUAGGACAAUCCAAAGGUACCUAGUCACCUCCGUCAUCGAAAGCGAUUAUGUCGACAAGCAUGGAAGAGAGCUUCCAGAAAAGAUGCUCCUCCUCGAAGUUGAGAGCACGGAGUUUGACAGGACUGGUCGGUGUGUCAUCGACGAUGACCAGAACAUCUUGAUCCUUGACCCCGAUCAACUCAUCUCGGCGACCGUCGUGGCCGAUUCUUUUGGCUGUAUGCGCCGCGCUGUGCUUCAAGAGCGUGUCAAGGCUACGAGCGACCCAACCCCGCCCCUUGUCUACGGAACCCUUUUGCACGAACUCUUUCAAGAGGCUCUCACAGCAGGGCGGUGGGACGAGAAAUUUCUCACCGACGCGAUUGCCGCAAUCACGGAGAAGCAUGUUCAAGAUUUAUACACCAUCAAGGUGGACUUGCCAGCUGCUCGCCAACACCUUCAGUCCAAGAUGGGCGAGCUCAUGAACUGGGCUAGGACUUUUGUCGCGCCGUUCCCUCGACUUCUCGAUGUCGAAGAGCACGUCUGGUCACCCAUGUAUGGACUCAAGGGAAACAUUGACGCUACUGUCGAAGUCACUCUGAGGGACGGGCACCAGAUCCAGACGUUGACGGUGCCUUUCGAGGUCAAGACUGGAAAGCACGUGAGCGCCAACCACGCAGCUCAAACUGCUCUCUAUAAUCUGCUCCUGUCUGAUCGAUACGAUAUCAACAUCGCUUCCGGACUUCUAUAUUACAUGGAAUCGUCCGUCACCAUGCGUGUGCCGACUAUCAGGCGGGAGAUCUUGCACAUGAUCAUGCAGCGCAACCGACUCGCCUCGUAUAUCCGCAAACGAGAGAUUAACCUGCCGCCCAUGGCAAAGAAGCAGAACCUAUGUGGGAGGUGCUAUGCUCAAACCUCUUGCUUCAUCUAUCAUAAACUGGCGGAUGAGGGCGAUGGGGAAACCAGCGGAAUGGGUACCAAGUUCAACGAAGUUGUCAAGCAUCUCACACCGGCCCACCGCGACUUCUUCGUCAAGUGGGAGAACCUGUUGACUGCGGAAGAGAAGGAGAGUCGCCGGUUGAAGCGCGAGCUCUGGACCAUGCUCAGCACGGCCCGCGAAAAGGUUGGACGCUGCUUCUCGGAUGUGAUUAUUGACAAGGUCCUGGAGCAGACGGAUCACUCCAAGAUCAACAAGUUCCAGUAUUCGUUUACCAAAGGCUCCCCUACCCCAGACUUCUCCUUCCUCGAGUCGCAAAUCGCCGUCGGCGAGCCCGUGGUCGUGUCGGAUGAGCAAGGCCACUUCGCCUUGGCCCUGGGCUAUGUCACGUCAGUUCGGAAGAACCGCAUCACGCUCGCGGUGGAUAGGCGGCUUCACAACUCACGAAUUCGACAGCCUGGGUUUGACGAGGUUGAUAACCAAGUCUUUACUGGUAUCAUGGACGUCAAUGCACAGGCUGGUCAGGAUUCCUCCAGCACCGCCAACAGUCCGCCGUCGAUCCGAUACCGAAUCGACAAGGAUGAGUUUAGCAAUGGCAUGGUUGUCGUUCGGAACAACAUUGUCCAAAUCAUGGCCGACGGCGUCUUCGGGUCCCAGCAGAUCCGGCGCCUCGUCGUGGAUCUGGAGAAGCCGCAGUUCAAAACGACACCCACGCAAAAGGUGAUGAGUGCGCAGGACUACGCCCUCGUUCUCGGUAUGCCGGGCACUGGCAAGACGACUACGAUUGCGCACAUUAUACGCGCUCUGACCGCGCAAGGCAAGAGCGUCCUGCUCACGUCUUAUACGCACACGGCUGUGGACAACAUUCUGCUGAAACUCAAGACGGACAAGAUUAACAUUCUUCGUCUCGGUGCUCCAGUUAAAGUGCAUCCAGAGGUGCAAGAGUUUGUCACCCUUGCCGGAAACCCCAUGACAUCUUUUGAGCAGAUCCACGAGGCAUGGCAUGGUACCCCUAUUGUGGCGACCACCUGUCUCGGGAUCAGCCAUCCGAUUUUCAACGAGCGAACCUUUGAUUACUGCAUCGUCGACGAGGCGUCCCAGAUUACCCUGCCUGUCUGCUUAGGGCCAAUUCAACAAGGAAGCGCGCGAGGGGGACUCGACAUUUCGCUUUUCAAACUUUUAUCCGAUACCCACCCGGACAGCGUCGUCAACCUCGAGCAUCAAUACCGGAUGAACGAGGACAUUAUGACUCUGAGCAAUACCCUCAUCUAUGAUGGGAGGCUCCGCUGCGGUACCGAGGAGUUGCGAACCAAGAGCCUGGAGGUGACAAACAUGGCGGCUCUAGGGCGGCUACACUACAACGCCACCGACCUCGCAGCCCCGUCGAUGGCGCCCACCUCGGUCUGCACUGGCGGGCCCCUAUGCUGGCUCCGGCAGGCGCUCGAACCGGAAGCUCGCGUCGCAUUUCUCAACACUGAUACGAUUGCUCCCCGGAUUUGCGAGGAGGCCAAGGGAAAUCGUAUCGUCAACCCGUCCGAGGCCCAAAUUGUGACGCAGCUCGUAGAGUCGCUCAUUGCCGUCGGCGUGCCGACCUCGGAGAUUGGGGUCAUGACACACUACCGGUCCCAGCUAUCCCUGCUCAAGCACGCACUUCGCCACACGAGCGUCGAGAUGCACACAGCCGACCGUUUCCAGGGCCGCGACAAGGAGGUCAUCGUGCUCUCUCUCGUACGUUGCAACGAGAACAGCAACAUUGGCGAUUUACUCAAGGACUGGCGCCGUAUCAACGUCGCCUUUACCCGCGCCAAGACGAAGCUCCUCGUUGUCGGUAGCAAGGCGACGCUUGGGGGCGCGGGGAAGGAGAUGGUGGCGCGCUUCGUGCACCUCAUGGAGGAACGAUCGUGGAUCUUGGACCUGCCAGCGGAUGCGCUGGGGAGCCACCACUUUGAUGAAAACCUAACGCAGAGCCUGACGCAGUGGAAGACGCCCCGCAAGGCUGGUGCCGGACUGUCCCCUGGCAAGCGGAGAAGUCCCCCGGUAAGGCCACGUCCCCCAACGGCCACGGACACGGGCCCCGAAAGAGGCUGUUUGGCCAGGUGGGCGCAGGCAAGGAGAAUGCAAGCGUACAGCAACGGACAGGCCCUAAAAGGUGGGCCUGAGCGAUAA